AUCUGUUGACUGUCGAGCAUUCAAGGAGAGGAGGAGGAGGAGGAGGAGGAAAUUACUCUUCCAUCCCAUGGUGAUGGUGCAAAGAACUGUGUUGAAGGUUGAUAUUUCAUGCCACAAAUGCAAGACGAAGCUCCUCAAAGCUGUGGCUGGCUUGCAAGGGGUAGAUAAAAUAGAAGUUGAUGAAGCGAAGGGAACUUUGACUGUAACUGGCGACGCAGAUCCGUACGAGAUAAUUGUACGGACCAAGAAGGCUGGCAAAUUUGCCGAUGUGGUGAGUAUUGGGCCUCCCCCACCUCCCCCGAAGCCUCAAGACGACCCAAAGAAGCCCGAGCAGGACAAGAAACCCGAACAAAAGAAGCCUGAUCAGAAGGCCCAGCCCCAAGUCCAAUCUCUAUCCCAACCCCAGGCCCAGCCCUACUUUCACAAUCCCCAUUCCUGCCCAGUUUGCGAGGGCGUCCAUGCGGACCGCUGGGACGACCCCAGUCCGUCCUGCUCCAUCUUGUAG